CAUCAUCGACAUGAUGAUGGGCGCAAAACGCUCAGUGGACUUGACCGAAGCCUUGACCUGGAGCGCGGUCUGGAUUGGGCUCGCUCUGACCUUUUCAGCUUCGGUUUUCAUUUGGCGUGGUCGUGGUCCGGCCGUACUCUGGUUAACCUCCUACCUGUUGGAAAAGUUUCUCAGCGUUGAUAACCUCUUUGUGUUUUUAACCAUCUUUGCCAAUUUCAAAACGCCAACCAGUCAGCAACACCGCGUCUUGACAUGGGGUAUUGGGACUGCCAUUGUUUUGCGCGCUGGCUUCAUUUUUGGCGGCGUAUUGCUGGUCCAACAAUUUGAAUGGCUACUCUCUUUUUUCGGGAUCUUCCUCAUUUAUGCCGGACUCAAAGCCAUGCAGGAGCAUUUUUCUGGUGGAACCGAGGCCCAUGCGAAGGGCAAUGACCUGGCUAGUGAUGGGGAUGGCGAUGCUCUGCCCAUGACUCAAGGUCAAAGUGAGAGUGACCAGAACGUCAUUCUUCGCCUUCUUGCCAAAGCCAUGCCCAUGUCUCAGACCUACGAUCGAGAGGGCCGCUUCUUUGUCAAGGAUUCCACUGGAACUGAUGCUGGCAUGGCUCUGGGUGGCGCCACGGCUGCGGGUGACUCAGUGCUGGCUCGCUUGGAACGUGUCUACAUGCAAACGAUCCGUUCAGGCUUGAGCUGGGUAGGAUUGAGCGGCUACAAAGCCACGCCUUUAUUGGCUGUGCUCUUGAUUGUAGAGUCAACCGACAUGAUUUUUGCUGUGGACUCCAUCCCGGCUGUCCUGUCAAUCACGCAAGAUGCCUUCAUUGCUUACACGUCCAAUAUAUUUGCCAUUUUGGGGCUGCGGGCAUUGUAUUUUGCGCUUGCCGCGGCAAUGCAGGAGUUUGAGUAUCUUGGGCUCGGGCUCGGCGUCAUUCUGAUGUUUAUUGGUGGAAAACUUCUGGGCACGCUUGUGGGCGUGCAUGUGGGUGUUGAAAUGACACUCAUCGUCAUCCUCAGCGUUCUGGGACUGGCAGUGCUAGCCUCGUACUUGCAGCCCAAAGAAAAGGCGCAUUCUAGUGUGGGCCGUGUUAGCUUGAGUGAAGAUGCCUCAUGACGGCCACUCGACGCUCUGGGAGCGCGCAGGUAGAUUUUGUGCAACAUGUCUUCGGCCAUCAAUUGAAGCACUGGGAGAC